AUGAGUAACACGUAUGGGUAUUCUCAACAUGAGUCUGACAAGUACAAGACUCUACCGAAGACGUCGUUUACAGAAAAAUAUAUAGAAGCGAUUGGAUUGAAGGAUACUGCAGGACAAACUGCGUUUUUAGAUGUCUUAAUAACUUCACACUCUCCGGAAGUGACACAGAAGUUCUUAAAUAAAAUAGUUGGGAUACGGAGCUCUAUCAUCACUUCAACUACGUUCAAAUAUGAUACCCCAUACGGGUCGUCUGUCUUUCAAGUCCGAUUUACGCCACUUGUUGGCUUUGAGAACUCGGCGCCACUCAAAGAACUUCACUUUGCUGGGAAAAAGGCGUUCAUUGUAGUUGUCUCGCAGAAUGAAAUUGAGAGUGCGGCGACACUUGACGAAGUCCAAGAAAUGUGUUUUAAGACGUUUGGACAGGAGAAUGCGGAGUCUAAAAAUGUCAUUGCGAUAGUUGGCGAUGCGGCAUAUGGGCCAUGUCAGUCGGUACGGAUUCAUACUAAAGAGAGAGGAAUGCACUUUACAGAUUCAUUAGAGGGAUUGUCGGACUUUUUGAAAGAAGUGUAUGAGCAGAAGGAUGUCACGAAAAGUGCUACAGGCAAUGACAACGUCGAGUUAUUGAUUCUGGGAGAUUCGUUAGUAGGGAAGUCGACAUUAAUGUCGCGGAUCUUAGCUGAAGAGAACAAUGAAUACAUCCAAACGCGACACUUUGCGACGCGCUCGAAGGUGUUUGAGUUGUUUAAUCCUAAGAAGAGUUUCACGUUGAAGAUCAUAGACUCGCCGGGGAAUAUUAAAGAGAUAGCUGGGUUCAAUAAAGAAAGAGGAAAUACAGCGAUCAUCACAACGUCAGUGGAAGAGACCAUGACAAUGCUGAGAGCUAAGAACUUGUUAGAUGUGAAUAUAUUGUAUCUGGUCUUUGACUUGUCGAGUAAAGAGAGUUACAACUAUGCUCUUGAGACAUUCACGAAAUUUAAAAGCAUCAAUACUAAAGCAAAAGUAGUUGUCUUUGGGAACAAACAAGACGUUGCGAGUGAAUUCCGCGUGUCGUUUGAGACGAAGGAAUUGAAGGAAAAGGCGGAUAUGUACUAUGCGACGUCAUUCACGAUGAUCUCCAACACCGAACUCCUGAAAAUUGUCUCGAAGAGUAUCAAAUUUGCGAGACCAGCAGAUUGUCUCCCAAAGGUUGCUGAUUUGGUUGGGCAGAUCCGGCACAGUGGGACAGUCCAAUUUGGCGAUAAAAAGACGCACAAAGCCUUUUUAAAAACGGACUUCGGGAAGUUGUAUUACGCGGAUUCCGAGAAAGACAUGGAGAAGAAAGGAAAGGUCUUGGAUCUUGAGAAUUGCAUACUCACCGAAGAACCCAUUGAACUGAAAAAAGGGAAGGAAGUGAAAGAAGCGCUCCUUGAUAUCGAGGUCGAUGGCGUGAAGUACAUCUUAAAGGCAAAAACAGUCGAAGAACGCACAGAAUGGAAGAACGCUCUCAUCAAUUCAAAAAUCAUGUGUGGCAUAUUGGAAGGCGUGAAACGAGAAAUCUUCGAGGAAAUCGUCGUCGUGGCUUCAUCAAUGAUUAACACUAAUCUUCAAAAUGUGGCAGAAACAAUCACUGGCGUUAAAGAUAAAACAUAUGACUUCAGUAAAGAACCACCUACACGCGACAUCAAUUAUGUCCCUCACACGGAGGAACCCCUCAAGGGAAAAGACUCCAAAAAGGAUAAAAAAGACAAGAAGAAAAAAUGA